AUGCAGGGAUGGUGGGGCCAGGGCUGUGUGUCCCUGAGGGGCUGCGUGCCCCUGAGGGGCUGCAGUGGCCCUCGGGGCUUCCUGUGCCUUCUGUGUGCUGCCUCCUUCCUGCAGGGCAUGACGGUCAAUGGCUUCAUCAACACGGUGGUCACGUCAGUGGAACGGCGCUUCCAGCUGCCCGGCUCACACAGCGGCCUCAUCGCCAGUGCCUAUGACGUGGCCUCCUGCCUCUGCCUCACCUUCGUUAGCUACUUUGGGGGCAGUGGGCACAAACCCCGCUGGCUGGGCUGUGGAGUGCUGGUCCUGGGCCUAGGCUCGCUGCUCUUCGCCCUGCCGCACUUCACCUCUGGCCCCUAUGAGGCGACAGGUGGUGGCGCAGCCAUUUGCGGGGCCAACCAGACACGGUGCCUGGACAGCAACCCCGGCCUGCUGGGCCCCCAGAUGCUCUUUGUGCUGGGCCAGCUGCUGCAUGGGGCAGGCGCCACACCCCUCUACACACUGGGCGUCACCUACCUGGAUGAGAACGUGGCUUCCCACCUUGUGUCCUUGUACAUCGCUGCAUUCUAUACGGCUGCCAUCCUGGGCCCCGCUGCUGGCUACCUGAUUGGUGGAGCCUUGCUAAACAUCUACACGGAGCUGGGCCACCGAACGGAACUGACCCCCGAGAGUCCGCUCUGGGUGGGUGCCUGGUGGAUCGGCUUCCUGGCUGCCGGCGCAGCUGCUUUCUUCAUCGCUGUCCCCCUCCUUGGAUACCCGAGGCAGCUGCCAGGUUCCCAGCACUACAUGACCAUGAAAGCAUCUGAGGCCCAACGCCUGAGAGAUACCCAGCAGGCCACCAGCAACCCUGACUUUGGCAAAACCCUCAAAGACCUGCCCCGCUCUGUCUGGCUUCUCCUGAGAAACCCACCCUUUCUACUGCUCUGCCUGGCGGGGGCAGCUGAGGCCACGCUGGUUGCCGGCAUGUCCACCUUUGGCCCCAAGUUCCUCGAGUCCCAGUUCAACCUGAGUGCUUCAGAAGCUGCUACACUGUUCGGAUACCUGGUGGUGCCAGCAGGCGGCGGUGGCACUGUCCUGGGUGGCUUUCUGACCAGCAGGAGCAAACUACGCGGAGCCAGACUGACCAGGCUCUGCCUGCUCUGCACGCUGACCAGCCUGCUGGCCACGCUUGCCUUCCUGUUGCAUUGCCCCGAUGCUCCAGUGGCUGGCGUGACCGUCAGCUACAGUGGCAGUGUCCUGCCUGAAGGCCGACCAGAGCUAAACGCCUCCUGCAACGCUGGGUGUGGCUGCCAGCCUGAACACUACAGCCCUGUGUGCGCCCCCCACGGCCUCCAAAACCUAACGUUCUAUUCGCCCUGCCAUGCUGGGUGCCCAGGGCCUGCCACACAAGACCAUGAUGGCCAGCAGGUGUACCUAGACUGCCGCUGUCUCCCGCACAGCGCUUCCUCUGUCCCCAGCCUGGCCACUGCCGGAAAAUGUGCCUCUAAGUGCUCAACAAAGCCACUUCUGCUGCUCGCCAUGUUCAUCGUAAUAUUCUUGACCUUCGUCAGCAGUGUUCCCGCACUCACGGCCACUCUGCGGUGUGUCUCUGAGUCACAGAGAUCCUUCGCUCUGGGAAUCCAGUGGAUUGUGGUCAGGACACUAGGUGGCAUCCCAGGACCCAUGGCUUUUGGCUGGAUCAUUGACAGGGCCUGUGUGCUGUGGCGCCCAGGCUGUGGCCGGCCUGGCUCCUGCCUACUCUACCAGAAUGCAGCAUUGAGCCGCUACAUGCUAGCUGCGGGGCUGGCCUACAAGAUGCUGGGCUUAGUUCUCUUUGCCACCACCUGCUUCCUGUACAAGCGCCCCAUGGACCUGACACCGCACAGCCAGUCAUCAACCUCCGACAGCCCAGCCAACAGACAGCUGCAGAGUCGCGUCUGAUGUCCAUCAGUGCCCAGGAG